CUUUGCUGGGUUUCACCAGGAGAGGGUAGAGUUUGGAAAGGACUCCUGGCAGCCUAGGCUCCCUAUUGUGCUGAGAAACAGCGAAGGGAAAACAAGCACAAGUUUCUCCUCUGCAUGCUUGCACCGACCGACUAUGUGCAAGAGUCAGCAGAUGAACUCUGGAAGACCUUAAAGUAAACAGAGAACGGAAAGAGAAACAAAAUUCAAACGCAGCUUUCUAGGGAAAUCUGUGGAAUCGAAGGGAGAAGCCGUGGCAGUUUCUGUGGACUCACCACACCGACUGUCACUCUGAGAACUGUCACUCACUGCACGUUGCAUUAAUCAGAGCUCAGGAUUUAUUUCUCUGCCGUGACUUCCAAGCUGUGAAUAGAUAUCACUUUUAGAGAGAGAAUGGGACCUGAAAAGACUCUCGAGCACUGAACAGAGUGGUGAGUUUUACUAAAUGGUUUCUUCUCUUUCCAGUCUGCUGGAGCUUUCUAACAUCCUGCUUGCAGGCACAGUAGCCCGAUGACUUGUCUUUUCCGUGCAGCUUGUUGCAUACCUCACACAGCUUUUCCGACUGCAGGUUUCUAUCUAUAACCUUUCCCGCCACGACUCCAGGUCAGUUUGGUGACAUUUGUAGUAGAGCUGGCUCAGUGCUGAUUUGCUUUCAUGAGAGAUUAAAACCACAAAGCUGUGAAACCAAACAAGGGGCUAAAAAUCCAAUAAAAUCAAAUACAACUAAAAUGGCAGGUGACUCUACGUUUCCAGAUGCGGAGAUUGAUGGAUCAGAAAAAAGUGAAGAAAUGGAGAUUGUAGUCAAUGUCGGUGGAGUAAGGCAGGUGUUCUACGGAGAUAACCUGAAUCAAUACCCAGAAACACGGCUGGCAGAGCUGAUCAAUUGUUUAUCUGGGGGAUACGAUAGCAUAUUCUCCCUCUGUGAUGACUAUGAUCCUGGAAAGAGAGAGUUUUACUUUGACAGAGACCCAGAUGCUUUCAAAUGCAUUAUUGACGUAUAUUACUUUGGGGAAAUUCAUAUGAAGAAGGGAAUAUGCCCCAUAUGUUUCAAGAAUGAAAUGGAAUUUUGGAAAGUGGAUCUGAAAUUUCUGGAUGACUGCUGCAAAACUCAUCUAAGUGAAAAAAAGGAGGAACUGGAAGAAAUAGCCCGAAGGGUGCAACUUAUUCUGGACGACUUGGGAGUAGAUGCCUCAGAAAGUCGCUGGAAAAGGUGCCAAAAAUGCAUCUGGAAAUUUCUGGAGAAGCCAGAAUCAUCCUAUCCAGCUAGAGUGGUUGCUGUUCUGUCCUUUCUGUUUAUUUUGAUCUCCUCUGUCGUGAUGUGUGUCGGGACCAUCCCAGAUUUGCAGGUCGUAGAUGCAGAGGGGAACCGUAUGGAACACCCAACCCUGGACAGCAUAGAGACAGCCUGCAUAGGCUGGUUCACCAUGGAGUAUGUGCUGAGGCUGAUCUCCUCUCCCAACAAACUCCACUUUGCCCUUUCUUUUAUGAACAUUGUUGAUGUGCUAGCAAUACUUCCUUUCUAUGUCAGCCUGACCUUGACCCACCUAGGAGCCAAGCUGAUGGAGCUGAGCAAUGUUCAGCAGGCCGUCCAGGCGCUGCGCAUCAUGAGGAUCGCAAGGAUUUUCAAGCUUGCACGGCACUCCUCAGGGCUCCAGACCCUAACCUAUGCCCUGAAACGCAGCUUUAAGGAGCUCGGGCUGCUCCUCAUGUACUUAGCUGUUGGUAUCUUUGUCUUUUCUGCCCUAGGUUAUACCAUGGAGCAAAGUCACCCUGAAACUUUGUUUAAAAGCAUCCCUCAGUCAUUUUGGUGGGCAAUCAUUACCAUGACCACAGUUGGAUAUGGAGACAUAUAUCCUAAAACAACACUAGGAAAACUGAAUGCUGCCAUCAGUUUUCUUUGUGGGGUGAUAGCAAUCGCCCUUCCCAUCCACCCAAUCAUUAACAACUUUGUCAGGUAUUAUAACAAGCAGAGAGUUUUAGAAACAGCUGCCAAGCAUGAAUUGGAGCUGAUGGAGCUAAACUCAGCCGAGGGGAAAGCCGCAGGCUCCAAAAGUGAACUAGAGGAUCUUUCAAGGGAAGGCAAGGAGGGUCCUUUUUAUAGCAGCCGGCUAAAAGUCUCCCACAGUGACACCUUUAUUCAUCUGCUGUCAGAAGAGAAACACUAUAGGACCAGACUUCAAAGCUGCAAAUAAACUGUGAACUGUUGUCAGCGCUAAGCUACAGAUCGGGACAACCUGGCAAUCAGCUACUGAAGAGAGCUGCAGUUCUGUCAGAGUUGGGAGGGAGCACUGCUUUGCUUUUCCAACAUGAAUAUAAACUAACCCCAUGGCAUCUCCAUCAACAGUUGGUAAGACUUUGCCAUUAUUAUCCCAAAUAAAAUAGUAGGACUCCAUUGAGAUCAGACUGCUUAUAUUGAAUAUGUUCUGACAAAAGCCAUUUGUAACCAUUUCAGAGACUGAAAAGUCCUUCCCCAUCGGUAAAUGUUCAAUGACCUGAAUGUGCAGCAUCGCCACAUCAGAACUCUGUACCUGUGACAAUAAAGAGCAGCAUCGCACAGAUUGUG